CACUCCCCCCAGCAGCCUCUAUUAUCUCCUGGAUUGGAGGCUCCAGAUGGACACACGUCCAUUGUCCGCGCUGCGCUGGGAUUGGCUGCUGAGUGUGGGAACCUGCGCCGGCUCUGAUCCUCACACAUUAUUAUGCAGGGAGAGCGGUAUAUAAGGGGCCGUCUGCUCCCAGGCUGCAGACCCCUCACCUCCUAUCUAUAGAGAGGACCCUCCUGAUGGCUCCUUACAGCGCAGCUACUGACCCCCUCCUCCCGCAGCCCAGAAAGCUGAGGAAACCGGUGAUAGAGAAAAUGAGGAGAGAUCGUAUCAACAGCAGCAUCGAGCAGCUGCGCCUCCUCCUGGAGAAGGAGAUCCAGAGACAUCAGCUCCCCUCCAAACCGGAGAAAGCCGAUAUCCUGGAGAUGACCGUCACCUGCCUGCAGAGACACAUGGCCCAGAGAGAUGUCCAGGCCCAGAGAGAAGGCUUCUCCACCUGCCUCCAGGACUCCAUCACCUUCCUGUCCCAACACAGACAGAGCCAGCUCCAGAUCCAGCUGCUGCAGAACCUCCCUGGGGCUCACACUGGGGCGCUAUCUCCUCCUGUAUCCCCCUGUAUCUACCAGAUCCCCAACAAACACAGCCCCCCAGACAGCAGCCAAGCCUUGUGGAGACCCUGGUAGUGAGCGGACCCUCUUAUGUGGAGACCCUGGUAGUGAGCGGACCCUCUUAUGUGGAGACCCUGGUAGUGAGCGGACCCUCUUAUGUGGAGACCCUGGUAGUGAGCGGACCCUCUUAUGUGGAGACCCUGGUAGUGAGCGGACCCUCUUAUGUGGGGUGUGGGCUGAGAGCUGUGACCCCCAGUAUACCCCAGAGCUGGAGUUGGGGGGUCUUCUGCCCCCACUAAUGUCUCCUCAUGUGAUGGGGGGGAUGAUGGAUUAUUAGUCCAUCAGAUGAUCUGCGGCUCCUGUGUGGACUCGGCUCUAUGUUAUUAGAGGAGUAGUUGUCUCCUAUGGAGAAUCCGUCCUGUAUGGACACAUUGUAUGGAUCUUCCCAGUGAUACAAUGUAUCCGAUCAGAUGUAGUGUGUACUGGCUCUAUAUACAGAGCGGAGGAUUGUAUGUAGAUAUCAGAGCUCCAGUGCAGAGCAUUGCAGAACAAUGGAGGUGAGACCUCCGGCCUGAUAUAUACAGUAGAUAUUAUGUAUCAUUCAGUGUAUAUAGCACUAUGUGUAUUCUAUCUCUAUACAGAGGGGGGUGUUGUGAUAUCCCAUGAUAUGAUGGAUAUAGGAUUGUGUGGUCACAUAUUGGCCUUAGUUGUAUCACAGGUUAUAUGUGAACGCUCCGCUGUCAUGUAUGUUACAUGAAGAUUUCUACUUUGUUACAUCCUUUAUUGGGUGUUUGUAAUAUUUGCCGUCGUCUCAUAUACAAUGUAUAAUAAUGUAUAUACAACGUGUGUUAAUAAGUGCAAGACUGAGCUCAGAUACAUAUCAUUUCCCAACCUGUAUCUCUCCAGCGGUGUCAAAACUACAACCCUCAUCCUGCUCCUAUAGCCUUUAGCUGACAUAACAUGAUGGGAGUUGUAGUUUUGCGAAAGCCAAAAAGCCACAGGUUGGGGAACAACGUUAUAUAGAAUGUUGUGCAAGAUUUGCAGCCAGAUGUAUUAUUUAUUUAUUCUAUAGGGCAGUAAUUCCCAACCAGUGCGCCUCCAGCUGUUGCAAAACUACAACUCUCAUUAUACCAGACAAUAUCUGUGAUUACUAGUUUUUCAACAGCUGGAGGACAUUUCUAUAUAUCAGUGUUUCCCAACCAGGGCGCCUCCAGCUGUUGCAAAACUACAACACCCAGCAUGCUCGGACAGCCAAAGGCUGUCCGAGCAUGCUGGGGGUUGUAGUUUUGCAACAGCUGGAGGCACCCUGGUUGGGAAACCGUACAGAGAUCUCUCCAUGACCUAUUUAUACCCAGGACUGUAUAUAUAACAAGGGGGCAUCCUCUACGUCUAGAGGAAAGAAGGUUUCUACACCAGCACAGACGGGGGUUCUUUACUGUAAGAGCAGUGAGACUGUGGAAUUCAUGGGGAACUCUGUAAAAGAAUAUAAAAGGGGUCUGGAUGCAUUUUUGGAGAAUAAUAUCAUUACAGGUUAUGUAUAAUAGAUUUAUAGGGACAGAACGUUGAUCCAGGGAUUUAUUCUGAUGCCAUAUUUGGAGUCGGGAAGGAUUCUUUACCUCCUCUGGAUCAACUCAGUAGGGACUCAUUAGGGUUAUAGGUUGAACUCGAUGGACUCCGGUCUUUUUUCAACCUUAUGAACUAUGUUACUAUGAUAAUUGAAAGAUUAUCCCUGUAUAUUCUCACUGAGGAUGUAACAUAAGAACCUAUUCAGUAUCUAAUUGUACUGUGCACAGCGCCCCCUACAGUUCACUAUUAUUAGUGGUCAAUGUCCUGUUUAGGAUAUUGUAUUAUGGGAAUCUCAUAAGUUAUCAGAUAUUUUAAAUUCUAUGACUUCUUGUGUAUUGAGGUUGUAUGUUUAAUGAUUUGCUUAUAUUAUAGGUAGAGAUGAGCGAACUUACAGUAAAUUCGAUUCGUCACGAACUUCUCGGCUCGGCAGUUGAUGACUUUUCCUGCGUGAAUUAGUUCAGCUUUCAGGUGCUCCGGUGGGCUGGAAAA